CACGGAACUAGCUGUCAUGUGGUUUGUAGGACACAACAAAUAUACCUUCGACUGUAAUCAUUUUCCAGAUAUAUUUAAAUGAUCUUGCUUUUUGCUCUCUGAUGUGGUUGGGUUUGCUGCUUCAGUAUGUACGCUCCCGGAACGGAGAGUUUGAUCAAACAAGCCAGAGAAAUACAGGAAGAGGAGCUGCAGAAGUUUUAUGGCCGUGUAUCUAAACAACUUCAUUCUGGUAAAGAAGCUGGAGGAGAGGUGGUCGAUUCCCUUCAGAGGCUCCACUUGAUUGUUUCCGCUACAAAAUAUGCCAGAACGCUUCCUCCAGACCUCGUGAAGAAGCUCCAGAUGCUGCUGCGCUCUCCAUCCUGUCUGGAGCAGUUACAGGUUCUGUCCUCGGCCAUCCUCAGGGAAACUCUGCCUCUCAGCGUGCACAACCUCUCCACAGAGCUCGGUCAGGACGGCAGAGCACUCGGUUAUGUGGCCAGCGUAGUGCUCUCGCAGGCUGGAAGCAAGGAAGAUCUGCUUCCUCUCUGUCAGCAUUUACUGAAGACUCUGGAGUCAAGACAGCCUGAGUUGCAGGUCCCCAAACACGCGCUUCCUAUUCUCUCGAAAAUGUUCAGCUUCUCUCCAGAUAUUCUUAAUGAAGAUCAGGUGAAUCUGGUCUGUCGGAAGCUGGCUGACUGGCUCCGAUAUGCAAGCAUUCACCAGGGAGCCUCCAUGUCCUCCGGUGGAUUUUUCAUCAGUCCCAGAUCACGACAGCCAGCGCUAAUGACUGAAUUGGACGGAGCAGUGGCAGGAGAUUUCUUUACUGUGCUGUGUGUGGGACAGAGCUACACUGAAGACCAGUGGAUGAACAUGUACACUUUUUCCAUGAUCAAGCGCUGGCUGCUUACCUACGACACAGACGGAAGCUCGAAUACAGAAUCGGCUCAGCUAAAAAGAACGCAGAUUGUUCAUACAGCUCCACACCAAGAUGACCGGUCUGAGUUGGACAGUUCGGUGAUGUCCAUGGUGUCUGCGACCUCCUGGUCCAGUCGAAUGCUUCCACCGAAAGAGCGUCUGAGGGAGAAAGCAUUCGAGUAUUGCCAUCGGCUUAUCGAACAGAGUGACCGCAAGGCUGUGAAGAAAGCAGAUGCAGAGCUACAGAAAGCGUGCAUUGUGGAGGCAGUGUCCAUAAUGGACAUCAUUUGCAGCGAGGAUCCUUCCUACGUGUACCGUGGCUUUCCCUGUAUCAAAGCGCUGUACGGCAGGCUGAACGCAGAGCUGGCAUUUGCACGAGUCCUGCUGCCCAUCGCUCAGUUCUACCUCAACCACAGCGAAACCGCCGCUGUGGAAUCUGAGGCCGUCUUCUGCCAUCUCUUCAGCCGCUUCCCUGCCGAGCUCUUCAACGAGCCCAUGCUGGCCUACGAGUUUGUCCGUUUCUGCCUGCACAAUGUGAGCGUGCUGCAGGAGAAAGUGGCCAUCUACAGGCAUAGCUUCCCCAACCUGCUCAAGUUUCUGGCAUGGAACAGUCCGGGGCUGAUCUCCGAGUUUAUGGAACUGCUGCCUUCUCUUUUGGCUCCUGAAACGGCGAUCGAGUUACUCCACACCCUGCUGGAUCUCCCCUGCCUGGCCGCAGCCCUGGAUCUUCAGCACAGGUCGGCAUGGUAUCAGGUCGGAGAUCGUGCUGCAUGGGACCAGCAGGGUUCGAAGAUCACAGCGUCUCUGGAUGCCUUCCGUCAGCCUUCGUACAGAGGUCUGUUCCUCUACAUCCUCAGACCUGAGGCAGGCACCGGAGACACGAUUGACAGGUUGAGUGUGCUUCACAAUGCUCUGGAGGGAAUGGCCGAGAGUCCUCGUGUGCUGUGCUGUGCUCAGAUUGUCCCUGUCCUCCUACAUGUCUACUUCAACACAAUUACGCAGAUGGCUGAUGGGAAGAUGAUGAACCAGCUGCUGCUGGUCCUGCUGGAAAGAAGCAGCCUGUUGUACAAUAUCAAGAACUUCAGCACUGAAGUCCAGAGAGUGUUCAGCACACACCUGAAGGCACUGUGCAAGCUGCACCCGCCGCUGAUUGUUGAGCAGUACAGGGAGCUGCUGGAAUUUACCAGCGCCACUACCAACAUCUACUCUAAAGAGGACUUCUACACACAUGUGGUGUGGGUGAUCGGGGAGUAUUUGUCACUUUCCUAUAACCCUCGCUGUACUGUGGAGCUCAUAACGUCCUUUUUUGAGGGGCUUGAGGCGGUGUUGUUCGAGAUCACACAAGUACGCCAGUCUGCCAGCCCCCCACGCUAUUCGCCACGACUGCUCACCGUGCUCAUGACCGCACUGGCAAAGUUGGCAUCCCGCAGUCAGGACCUCAUUCCCCGGGCGUCACUUUUUCUGUCCAAGAUGCGCUCAUUUGCGCACAGCGGACACGUGGCAUCGUGCUUCAGUGAGGAGGACAGUGAGGAGAUCAUCACACGAGCCCACGAGCUUAUCAACCUUCUCAAGCUGCCUAACGUAGCCCAGUUCGUGUUAACACCUUCCGCCCAGGGCGACUGUCCACGCUGGCACCGAGACACCAACGCUGCCCUGCCGCAGCGCAUGAGGGCCAUCAGUGACCUGCUGCAGUCCCGUUCCAGCUUCCUGCCUGCUUAGAGCACCGCGCCACACGGUGCCACGCUGACUGAAUCAUGUUUCUCAAUCAGAAUCACUCCGAUCAAUCGCACUGGCUUAUGGAUGAACCCUGAAAACCUCACAUUAAACACUUGUAUUAAUAAAUAA